AUGGCAGAACCCAGCCAGGACCUCCUAGCAGAACCCAGGCAGGACCUCCUUGCAGAACCCAGCCAGGACCUAGGCAGGACUAUCAAUUUGAUAAGCCAAAAGCCGCCAAAGAAGAAGCUUUCGAAGAAGGAGAAGGCCCGCCUGGAGGCCGAACAGGCGGAGCUAAUGCGAAUCGAAAUGGAAAAGGAAAAAAUGAAAAAGCUAGAGGAAGCUAGGCAGCGUAAGAAACUGGAAAUGGAACAGGCCCGUCAUCGCCAGCAACAGGAGGUGGCCGAAAACAGGAUACGCCGGUCUCAGUUGAAGGACAGCAUGCUCUUCUUCGACUCCGUUCGGACCGCCAUCGAGGCCAUCAAGGAUGGGGAGCGGCACGAACGGGACUGGGAGAAGUUUAUGCGAUGCAAUGGCCUACCCAAUGCCGCCAGUCCCAGUGAUCUGAGGAAGUACAUCCAUCAGUGGCACACGGAUAUUGCCAAAAGGCAGCUGGAGUCGCGCAACUGGCUGCUGAGAACGGACGAAAGGACCCUGCUCACCCAAGACGCCCAGGUGCCGGACUUGACCAGGAUAUCGUUGCGCCAGCAGCAGGGCUCACUGGGCGAUGUCUUUGCCCAAAGGAUCAAGGAGGUGCUGGGGAUCCUCAACGAACUUGAUGAUAUGCUGCCUUUUAAACAAAGAUCUAUACAUGUGGCUGCCGAUCUCGUUAAACUUAAAACCGAAAUGAGAGUUUUUUUGAGACAGCAUCUAGAUGAAUUCACCUACAAAACCAUGUCACACAUAGAAAGGGAUAUGGAAAUCGAUAGACCUGGAGUAUCAAAACACAUCUACAGCUCAGAUGUCUUUCAAAGUUUCGUCUGGACUUUCUCCAAAGAUGCACAAAUAGCCAUUAAUCCCAAGGCCCGUAUUGGUGAGCAGUCUGCCCAUAAUGAGAUCGAUUUUCCCACAAUUGAGAUGCAAAUUUCUUUGCCGCCCACUGUCCACUUACAAAGCUCUGCUUUGAGGGGUUUAUGGUUAAAUUAUGAUCAUUUUAGUGAUUAUUGUGCCAGCUAUAGCCUCAAACAUGCUAGAUCUGCCAAUGCCAAUAUCCUUCGACAAACGAAACGCGAGUGGCGCAAACGAAAGGAGAUUCUUCAGGCCAUGUUGGAUGAAUGUGGCCGGGAAAUCCCCCUAUCCGAGUUGGAGCAACUAACCCAGGAACAGCACUCGGCCAGUUCCCAGCCGCCAAAGGAGAAGACCUAUGAUGUGGACAAGCUGUAUGCCGAGUACGAGGAUGAACUCAGUAAGGCCCAUCGCAGAGCCAUCGGACCAGAGGCCUAUGGAAUGCUGGAAACGGAUGUGAAUCUGCGAAAGUACAGGAUUAUCGGAGGAGUCUAUUGCAUUGAUUUUUUGGAAACACCUCAGCAGGAUAAGCAACUUAAUGCUAGAUCUUUUAUACGAACAAUUACUUCAGCCAAUAGUCUCAUCCAUAAAGAGUAUUAUCAAACGUAUAAGCCCCCGCCACCUGUACUACCCGGAGUCCGACGUCUGCCGGAGGAAAUCGAGGCUGAAAUGCGAAUGAUUGAAGCGGCGCUGGACAAGCUGGCUUUGGUGACACUACAAUUACCGGAUUCUGUGAUCUGGUUUGAGCCUCCAGUUGCCUGUCGCUGGGAGACACAUGUGGAGACUCUGGAAAUGGAACUGGCGGAUGGCAUGGUGCCGGAUACUAAGAAAGCGGAAACCGAGGCAGAUGUCGACGCAGAUGCCACUGGAGCUGUGAGUGGCACGGCGGCGGGCACCACGGCCACGCCUACAGAAGCCACACCCCUAUCCACGCACGCCCAGCCGAGUCCAUUGAAGAGUUCGCCGCGUUGCCCGGCGAGAAUGCGUUCACAAAAAUCGGAUAACCAAGGCAACUCCCAACAGCAGAUCCUUCGAGAGAUUAAUGACUUUGAUCUGCGUGCCAUACCCAGUGAUGUGGACUUGUACGGUUUGGUGAAGGACUUUGUGGUGCCGCGUUUGCCGCAAGGAUUCUGUGUUCGUUUGGAACAAUCGACUCCGUGCUCUGAAAGUGGAUUGCGGCAAAGGAGAGUCAUGUUCCUGGCGCGGCAGACGCACAUUCGUUUGGGCCAGGGCCAGGCCUCGAGUGUUGGCAAUGCCGAAGACCCCUUAACCAGGCCGGAAGACCUGAAUUUGGGGACGAAAAGCGGCCUGGGGGCAGAGUUCUUGGACACCGAUGAACCGGCUGAGCUAUUUCCACCACUUUGUUUUGAUAAACUUUUGAAAUUCCGGCAAAUGGCAGCACGUCCGGUUGUGCAGGUGGGCGGUUACCUGUUCUCGCAGCUAAUCGAGGACAUGGAUCGGUUGUGGAGACUGCAGUUGCCCAGGGAACAGCAGGAGGAGAUUAUCCAACAGAUUUCUGAACAACUUUCACCAACAGGAUCCAAAGGAAGCGAUGGUGCUGAGAAGGAUGGCCGGGAAAGGGAAGGAUCCCAGAACCUCAACGAUCUUCCCGAGGACAUGCAACCCCUCAGUCAAGAGCUGGUGGAUGUCCUGCAACCAGCCACAGCUGCUGCUGCUUUCGCUUACUACACGGGCAUAUCCUUUGUGAAGGACUCACAAAUGCCGUCGGAGACAGACGGCGAGCAGGAUAACGCCACCAGCAAGCGCUCCAACAGCAUGGACAGCAGCGAGGACGACGAGGAUGAUGUGGAUAGCCUGGUGGCGUUGCUGGAAGGUGCCGGCGGCACCUCCACAGCUGGGAAUACGCUUCACGACCUCCUGGGUCCUGCCAGCAACAAUAACACCAGCGACAAUACCAGCGACAGCGAAAGCAAACAAAGGAAAAGCACGGCGGCCGCCCUGACCCAAGGAAAGUGGAGUACUCGAGAUGUUCACGAUACGAAAUUUAAUGAGGAUAAGCUAUCCAUACAAUUUCGUACAGGACGAUUGGGAAUUUUUGGAUUUGCGUUGAACAAGUAUAGCAAUAUGCCGUAUCAAACUUGGGACUUGAGACCGGAUAUGAAGAAUCCUGGUACUAUAAUUUUCAGCUUUACUGCAUCGCUCAUCAGCUUGGACAUGACCAUUACGGAAUUCGGGUAUACGGUUAAUAACUUUCAAGGCGGCAGCACUCAAGGCAUCACGGAUAUGAUUGGCAAGACACUAUCGUUGGCGGAAUUGAAGGCCACCUUAAUUCUAUCGGCUGUUGACAUUUUUCCUGACGAGGAUGCCUUCUGCUAUACGGAGGGAUCCUGCGAGAAGAACUAUGUUAUGGAAAUGCAUUGUUAUGCCUGUCUCGCCACAUUGGCACAAUCGCAUAAUUUUAGUUGGUCGCGUUGGAAUCUACUGGCCGGAUCCAGGACAGCGGUCCUGCUAGUUCGGGAACUGAUCGAGGGUAAGAAGGUCCCGUACUACUCGACUCUGUUGGUAACGCCGCUUAAAACCUCAAUUAUCGACUGCACCGAAGUGUCGGCCUGUUUUAACGCCGUUGGCAUUCCCGGAAUGGAGUAUUAUGCCGAUUUGUAUCAACUUUCGCAGGCCCAUGCACAGCCGGGAAGUUUGGCAAAGCAACGGACAAUGAAUCCAGUGCUCAGGGAUAACAUUUCUCGAAUAUUGAUGGGAAUCCGUCCUUUGAGUUUGUGUUAAUUUCAGAAUUUCUAAAAUUUUGUCCAUUUUUUGUUUUUUUUAAAUAUAUUUAAAAUAGAUUUUACGGAAUGUUAACUCCCAGAAAUUUGGAUUCGUUGUGAGGUUGUCUAGAAAAAGUAACUA